ACCGCUGCCGCUGCCGUCGCCGCCGUGGAAUGGCUCUCACAAAUCACCUACGUACCGAGAGGCCGGCGUCGAUUCACAUACAUGUCGUACCAUGGUGAUUCGUGUCUGUACCUCCAAGUCCGGGGCUUCAUAUCCAGUAUUCACACGGCGCACAGAGUACACAGUACAUGGUACGAGGCAGUGGAGAGAAGUAAAGUCGCCGGCGUCCAGUCGCAUCGCUCGACAGGCCUGCCGGGCCUACCUGUCGUUGGCUCUUGCUCAAGCGCGCGCGUGUGUGUGUGCGUGUUUUGAUUUUAUUUUACUCUUUGUCAUCUUUGCAUGCUUGGUUCGGUCUGCUCGGCAUUGACGAGUAGGAUCGAGGCCGGGUGCGACAAAAACCAAGCCGGAGAGUAAGAAAAUAAAAUGAAAAUAUGAGAAUAUAUAAAAAAGAAUAAAUUAAAAAAAAAAAAAA